CAGAGGGUGGCGGUGAUGGCGCUCAAAGCUUGAUGUUGUAAACUAAAGAAGAAGUCUGGACGAGCGCAGUAGCGCCAUUUCGCUGUCCAUUCAUUAGUAAGAAGGCCUUUAUCGCAAUAUAUUGGAAAUUCAAACAUCAUCAUGGUGAAAAUCUUCAUUGGCAACCUUGCAUCGGAAACUACUGCCAAGGAGCUGCGAGAACUCUUUGAAAAGUAUGGCAAAGUCUCGGAAUGUGAUACUGUGAAAAACUUUGGUUUUGUUCACAUGGACAACCUGUCAGAGGCAGAGGAGGCCAUCAAAAACCUCCACCAGACUGACCUGAACGGCUGGCGCAUGAAUGUGGAGAUGAGCAAAGGCAGAACCAAAUCCAGCACCAAACUUCAUGUCGGCAACCUCAGUGAAGAGGUCACAAGUGAAAUUCUUCGGGCCAAGUUUGAGGAGUUUGGCCCGGUGGUCGAAUGUGACAUUGUCAGAAACUAUGCCUUUGUUCACAUGGAGAAACUGGCGGAUGCAAUGGAGGUCAUCGAUAAGAUGGAUAACACAGCCUUCAAAGGCAAGCUGAUCAACGUCCGACUGUCCACCAGUCGGCUUCGCCCGGCCCCGGGAAUGGGAGAUCAUACCGGCUGCUUUGUCUGCGGGAAACACGGUCAUUGGUCGAAAGACUGUCAAGUCGGUCGGGACGAUAGCUACGGUGAUGGCACAAGAUUUCGCAGCGUCCGGGAGCCCUCAUAUGGCAUGGCCGCACCUCCACCAGCUGAUUAUUCUAUGUAUAAUCGAGCUAGUUAUGCUGGCGGGUUGCCGCCGCCUCCUCCUCCCCCGCCACCUCCUCCGCCUAAUCGUGGCUACGCCGCUCAGCUGGGGGAUUGGUAUGCGAGCCGAGCUGCAGGCGCAUAUGCAGACAGGUCAUAUGUUUAUGAUCGUAGCCGUCUCUACAGCAGUGCUGAUUAUUAUGAAAAGUACAGAGCUCGGCCUUAUGGCUCAAGCUACUUCGAAGAGCGUCGUUUGCCCUAUCACCGCCGGCCGGUGCCUCCAGCUUCAUCGGUCACUGCAUUCUACACACCGGAACACAACCCAAUCAGACGAGUACCAGUUGUCUCAACGGCCUACAACUAUGAACGAAAGCGGCUGUCUCCAGUACCUGCUACCACAAGCUCCUACUCUGUUUCACAGCCCAAAGAACAUUAUGCACAGCGAUACGCGCCUUAUUAAAGCCAUGGUACCAAGGUCGGAACUUCAGGACUUUUUUCACUCUUUCCUCAACCUCUACAGUCCCACCACUGUAUGUAGCGUCCAGAUAUGAACAUAGAAGAUAUCUGGGUUAGAAAUGGGAUGCCAGCUACCUGCAGAAAAGAGUCCGUUGUUCUCAUUCACAAAAGGAUGACUGACAGAAUGCAGUUUGACAGGUUUUCUGCCAUUUUUAAUUUUUUUUUUAGUUAUAAUCUUUUUUUGUUCCAUACAUACGGCAGAUUGUUAAAAUCUGAAAA